UAGCCUUUUGCACCCAAACCCUAACUGGGCCACCAUGAUGGGACAUCACUCCUGUUGCAACAAGCAGAAGGUCAAGCGGGGGCUGUGGUCACCGGAGGAAGACGAGAAACUCAUCAAUUAUAUCUCUACUUAUGGACAUGGUUGCUGGAGCACAGUUCCAAGACUUGCUGGGUUGCAGAGAUGUGGAAAGAGUUGCAGGCUCAGAUGGAUAAAUUAUCUGAGACCUGAUUUGAAACGUGGGAGCUUCUCUCCUCAAGAGGCUGCACUCAUCAUUGAGCUUCAUAGUAUGCUAGGAAACAGAUGGGCGCAAAUAGCUAAGCAUCUACCAGGAAGAACUGAUAACGAAGUGAAGAACUUUUGGAAUUCAAGCAUAAAGAAGAAGCUGGCAAACUUCUCCGAUUUUCACAACCGUAGCUGUGCUGAAGGAGUUUACAUCCCUUUAACUGAAAACCCUAAGUUGAUUCAACAAGACGAGUUCUUCCUUCCUUCUCCUUCUUCAAUGUUGCAAACUCUUGCUCAAGCUGAGUUCAAACCGAAUCAAAACAAUUUCAAUGUUGGUCCAUUUCAUUUUCCUCCUUCUUUGAACCCUUCUUUGCCCACAAGUUCAUCUUUAUUAGAGAAUUCAUGUUGGUCAUUGCCUAAUUUUCUCCCUCAACACCUCGAUGAUUCAUCAAAUCAUCAUCAAGAGAACCAUUUUUUAAACAAUGAUAAUAGCAAUUUUAUUGUUGAUCCAAGCAUUGUCACAAUGGCGCCUUAUCAUGACAAUCCUUUAACGGUUCCUACAAUGCCUAAGCUUUGUGACAUCCUCGAGGUAGAUAAUAUUUGCAGCGGCAUGCCGUCAUCAUCUGAUUCUCCAGAAGCUGGCCCAAUUGCAAGACUUGCCAGCAUUCAUUUUCCACCUGAGUCUUAUCCUCAAUUGCCAAUAACCAAUCAAAUGGACCACAUUGAUGCUAUCAUGUCCACCCUACAGCCUGCGUCCUUGUCAUCAUCAUUAUCACCAUUAUCAAUAAUGCAGUAUUUGACAAACCCUAAUGUUCCUGCAACCACCUGUGGUCUAUAGACAUCAUCCGCAGAAUGAAAAGAUUUUUAGGUAUUCCAUGUAUUCAAUUUAAUAAGUAGCAUGCAUUUAUUCCUUUAAAUAUGCACAACAUGGAGAGUGAAACUUCUUACAGGAUAACCUAUGUGUUUUCUAGCUAUAUUUUUUUCCAUGAAUAUGUGUGUGUUCUUUCACAUGUAUCUUAUUACCUAAAUUUACUCAUAUAUAUUUAAAUUUGUAUAUCAGUCACUUCUCUAGUGACAAACAAAUUAAAAGUCUCUGCAUUUGGGCAUGUGAAAGCUACUUUCUUUA